AUGCCGCCAAUCGAUCGAAAAAAGAUACGCGAUGCAAAAGUAGACGAAGCACACAAGACAUUAUUUGAAGAAGGGAUCGCGAUCCGCCGCUCCGUCGCAGGCGACUCCUACGUUGACGCUUCUCUCGCGCGGCACUCUACACCUUUCUCCAAACCGCUCCAGGAACUUGUCACGGAAGUCGGCUGGGGCUGGAUAUGGAGUCGACCCGGCCUGACCCGGCAGCAGCGGAGCUUACUCAAUCUGGGUAUGCUGUGCGCAUUGAACAGGAGCACGGAAUUGGGCGUGCAUGUAAGAGGAGCGUUGAGAAACGGAGUGACGGAGGAAGAGAUUAGAGAGGCGCUGUUGCAGGUUGGAAUUUAUGUUGGUCUGCCAGCUUCUAUGGAAGGCUUCCGAGUAGCCGGGAAAGCACUUGAAGAGUGGAAAAAAGAAGGAAAAGUCAAAGCUAAGCUGUAAAAAGCUAUCACUUCCCAGCGAUGAACAUAUGCCACGCUCCAAUCAAGUCAUCUAAAU